AUGGCAGAAAACACGACAAUAUCAACCGAACACACUUUCAUUGUACCCACAAAAAGAAUCAAUGAACAGCAAGAUGUCACAGAAUGGAUUAACUCUGAGGCCUUUUCGCGUUUUAUGAGGUUCAUUGAGAAUCUAAAUGAAAGCGGAGUCAACAAAAUGAUUUCUGAUCCGUGUUUCAUAUCCGAGAAAAUAAUAAAUUCUCUGGAUACCAUGAUGUCGUGGGUCGACGAGAUUCCGCCGUUACCAACACCUCAGAGAUUUGGCAAUAAAGCUUUUAGGAAUUGGAUUGCUCGCAUGGAACAAAACGCUGUUACCAUUCAUCAAGAUAUUCUUCCAUCUCAAUAUCACAAUAUGAUUAUUGAACUUGUACCCUACUUUACAGGAAGUUUCGGGAAUGGUACGCGCAUCGAUUACGGAAGUGGACAUGAACUCAGUUUUGUCGCGUGGUUGUGUUGCUUGAAUUUGUCGAGAGUACUUCAAGAACAGGACAACACGGCGUUGGUGUUGAGAGUAUUCACAAAAUAUUUGGAUCUCGUAAGAUGUCUGCAACGCGUUUACAUGCUUGAACCAGCAGGUAGUCACGGUGUUUGGGGCUUGGAUGAUCAUCAAUUCUUAUCUUAUUAUUGGGGGAGCGCACAAUUGCGAGAUCACAAGCGUUUGAAGCCAAAAUCCAUCCUGUCUGAAGACCUCGUGAAUGCGUACUCGAAUGAAUACAUAUACUUUGGCUGUAUUAAAUAUAUUCACGAGACCAAAAAAGGACCCUUUCAUGAACAUUCUCCUUUAUUGUACGAUAUUUCCGGGGUGCCAAAUUGGACCAAAGUUAAUACUGGAUUGAUAAAGAUGUAUGUGGCAGAUGUGCUCCAGAAAUUUCCAAUCGUUCAACAUUUUCUGUUCGGCAGUAUGCUGCCUUUCAAACUCGCAACGAAAACUUAA